AUGAAGUUGAUUAAAUCUGGGCACACAGUAGACAAUGAUGGCGGCCAGGCCAUAGCCAAUGCCAUUUCCAGUGGUCCACGAGUGUCCGUGGUUAACUGGGACAGGACUGCCGUAGCCGGGUCCGUAGGAACCUUUACCGAUGGUCCCUUCGGUAUUGUAAAUGGUGUUAUCCUAAUUACAGUUCAAGUAUCUGGAGCCUUGCCUGGAGGGGACGGAAGUUUUGAUAAUCAGGGCGGAGAGUCAAAUGACUAUUGUAGUACCGGUAGUAAAGAUGCCGCUGUUAUAUAUGCGAGCGUCCUUCUUGAUGCUGGGUACAAUGGGCUUCGAAUUGAGUUUCUCUUUGCUACCAAUAAGCCUAAUGAGUUUAAUAGUGUCAACCCCGAUAGUAUCGGCUUCUUCGCCUAUACCGAUAAGUUUGAGCAAUUUGCAAAGUUCAACGACAGCGUCACAGGAUAUUCAAGGUCGACGGUACCCGAAUCACAAGUCGAUUUAUGCAUCGUGGCAUGUGACCAGGGUGACAGCGGAAACGACCCUGCUUUCCUGAUCAAGGGGCUUUCUUGCACCGAGUACGAGUCUCCCCCUGACGGAGUAGAGAUCAACUAUGUCAAGCAGACCACGAUGCUAGAACGAGGAGAGCGACCGUACACACAAAUAAUCCCGGCCUCGGACACAGCAUCGGGUACAUCGGGUACAUUCAUCUGGUUUGUUGCUUCCGAAGAGACAACCACAGCUACGGCUUUGGACAUCACUACGGCAGACGCCACUACUACUACCGCUUUUGCAGAAGAGACCACUACCACAACUACUGCCGCUGGAAUACCGACAGAGACAAGUACCACCGAUGAAUCAACAGCAACGAAAGCCGAGACAAGUGUUGGAAGCACGACUACCAGGGAAACAGGCACCACGGCCACUACUGAAUCUAGUGCUACCACUGAAUUCGCUGCGACUGAUGAGACGACUAGCACUAUCGAGGGCAUCAGCGAUCAAACUACAACUACGCGCUCUCCUUGUCGACCAAGAAGACAUCUCUACUAG